ACACGCACCCAAGCGCCACAUGCAGAGAGCCUCCUGGAAGGUAACCUGGAACGAGGACAUGGCCCGGUUGAACCUCGGCAUCGUCAUCCUUGUGGCACUGGGAGCCCCGCUCUGCUGGAGGUGUCGCGCGGGUCCGCUUGCGCCGAGCGGCGAAGUGAAGGCCGGCCCUGCCGUGGAGAGGAAAGGAGUGGUGAAGAUGGUGCCCCCCGGUCCCGCUGACCACAACAGCGGCGUGAAGAGCUGGGCUAAGGGGCAGCUGGUGCGGGAGGGAGACAUGAUGAUGACUCUGGAGCAGGAGGCAAGAAUAUCGCGUCUUCUGGCUCCGUGGGGCCCAGGCGGCGCCUCACGCAAGGCCACCUCAGACCUCGCCUUAAGAUGGCCGCUGGCAGUGGUGCCCUACAGCCUGGACCCCAUGCUCAGUGUAGCGGCUCUCAAUGGAAUCCGCGCGGCCAUGGCGAGCUGGGAGGACAACACCUGCAUUCGAUUUCUGCCCCGGGAGGUGGCCGCUCUGCGCGGGGUCACCCACUCCAACUACGUGGCCUUGAAACCACUCAGCGGGUGUUGGUCCUUCGUGGGCAUGAUCGGCGUGGGUGAGCAGGUCGUGUCCAUCGGCCGCGGCUGCGAGGGGGUGGGCACAGUGGCACACGAGCUGGGCCACGCCGUGGGCUACGUGCACGAGCAGUCUCGCCCGGACCGCGACGCGUUCAUCUCGGUGCUGGAGGGGAACGUCCAGGACGGGCAGCUGCCCCAGUUCGCCGUCUACAGCGCGACAGACCCACGUGGGGUGCCCUACGACCUCAAGUCCGUCAUGCACUACAGUCGCAACGCGUUCUCCAAGGACGGCGUGAGUGAGACGAUCCGUGUUAAGGACCCGGAGAAGGGAGGGUGGAUCGGGCAGAGGGAGGGGCUCAGCUUCCUCGACGUGAAGCUGGCCAACAUCAUCUACAGUUGUCACGGAGACUGCUCCCUGCCGUGUCUGUACGGUGGGAUCCCUGCCCCGGGCUGCGAUCGUUGCCUCUGCCCGCACGGACUCACGGGGGACCUGUGCCAGGACGUGUUCACGCAGCCAGGCUUGGUCUGUGGAGGGCUGCUGAACGCCACCCAGGGAUACAUCUCGUCCCCCGGGUACCCGGCUGCCUACCCCAACAAUGCACACUGCGUCUGGCUCAUCCAGGCCCCCCCCGGGGGCACGGUGACGCUGUACGUGGAGGACGCGUCGCUGGAGAGCGUCUCCUACUGCUCCUUUGAUUACAUCGAGAUCCGCACGCAGGGCGCAGACACGGCAGGGGCACGGCUGUGCCCGGGCUCCGUGCAGGCCCUGAGCCGCUCUCGCUUCGUCACGGAGGGCGACCACGCCGUGGUGCGCCUCGUCACGGACGCCAGCGUCACGGCCAGAGGCUUCCGCAUGGCCUACUCCGUCAACAGCACGCAGGGCGUGUGGGCAGAGUGGGGGCCCUGGUCUCCGUGCCCCGUCUCCUGCGGCGGUGGUGGCGCCCAGCAGCGCACGCGCUCCUGCCUCACCGAGCCCGGCACCUGCACGGGCGCCGACAGCGACAGCCGGCCGUGUGGCUCGGACGCGUGUCCAGUCUGUGGGGGGCUGCUGGAGGGGACAAGUGGCACCUUCACGAGCCCCGGCUACCCCCAGCGCUACCCCGACGGCGCGCUGUGCCAGUGGACCGUGCGCGUCCCCGUGGGGCUGGCGGCGCGAGUGACGUUCUCCGACCUGGACGUGGAGCCGGGUCCCGCGUGCCCCUACGACGCCGUGAGGCUCUGGGCCGACGGCGCGAGCUCCGUGCCGCUGGGCUCCGUGUGCGGCACCGCUCCUCCCCUCCCCGGCGCCAUCGUCGCCCCCGGCGACCGCCAGCUCUUCGUCACCUUCUCCUCCGACAGCUCCGUCACGGGCCGAGGGUUCAACGCCUCCUUCAGCACCGCCGCCCUGCAGUGCGGUGGCUUUCUGAACGGAUCGUCGGGGACCCUACAGAGCCCCGGCCACCCCAGCCCGUACCCCACGAACCACGUGUGCGCCUGGUACAUCGAAGUUGCCGAGGGUCGUCGCGUGGGCCUCUCGAUCUCUGCGCUGGACGUGGAGGCGUCGGUGGGCUGCGUGUUCGACCGCCUGUCGCUCUGGGAGGGCUGGGACGCCGGCGCGGCCUCCCUCCCGCUCGCCACCUUCUGCGGGCGAGCGCUGCCGCCCCCCGUCGCCACGGCGACGUCGCGCCGUCUCCUCCUCGUCCUUGUGAGCGACGGCUCGGUGACCGGCGCGGGCUUCCGCGCCGAUUUCAAGCAGCUGUGACGACGACGACGAGGAGGAGGCCGGCGGAGGGGGCAGCGGGCCGGGGGGUGACAUUCUUAGGUGGCACGGUUAAUUUGUGUUUACGCGGAGCCGCGUUUAACUCUUCCCGAUUCGUCUUCAGGUUGUUCCCGCGCGUUGUUCGGCACGAUGUCCGACGUUUAAGCCCCACACUCGCCGGGAGCUUAUUCGGCAACUGGAUUGAACUUCAGGGUCCCAAGGCAACCUGAAGACGCUACCCCACCCCGGGGCCACGUGCAGGGAAACGUCGGACUUCGCGCGCGGCAACGACCCGAGAAGGCAUCGGAGGGCUGCAGAGCAGAACCGCAAGACAAAAGCGACGCAGGAGUCGGGGGAUAAGGCUGCCGAAGUUCUGUUGCGCUCGAGCGGGACGCGUCGCGGUGAGCUGGCAGCAUCUCCCUCCAUCGCUCCCCAAGAUCCCUUCGUGGAGCCUUGAACGGACCCUUGCCCUGAGCAGCACCUGGUAAAGGCCGGCACCAGAGGCACCACGCCCGGCCGCAUCCGUCUCACACGAGUGGCGCUUGUUGCACACCGCAGCGGACACUCGGGGCUCUGGCGUGGACGGGGUUCGCAAAACCUACUUUCUGUACUGCCCACGUCGUGCGUACCCCCACACACCUCCAGCAGGUGUGGGGGGCGAGUCACCCUCGCCUCCUCGCUCCCAAAGCGCUGGAUCGCAGGAGAUAAAGUUUGCUGUCCUUCCCCACGCACCUGCGAUUAGCACCGCCGUUGGCAACGCAGGCUGAGUGAAAGAAGUUCGACAUACAGACUGCCCAUAGACUAAGACUGCCCAUAGACUCAACACUGCUCAUAGACGAACACUGCCCAUAGCCUAACACUGCCCAUAGCCUAAGACUGCCCAUAGACUCAACACUGCCCAUAGAUGAACACUGCCCAUAGACUCAAGACUGCACCUCCAAUUAGCAAGGUUUGGCAAUGUACGGUGCGAAAGAAGUUAAAAUACAUAGAUGCAGUGGCCUGGGUUGAACCAGCGAUUCGCGUAGCUUAGACACGGGGGGGGGGGGGGGUGCAUGCGGGUCCAUGGGAUUUAGUGGAUUAUUAAAAGCGAUUUUGUGAUUAGAUGCGAGUGGUAAGGGUUGGAAUCUUUAGAAUUGCCUCCAAGGGGGUGGUCGCGUGCAGUGAUUGUGACUUUACAAAUGAUUGUGUCAAUCGCGGUGGGAAUAAAUUACGGUGGAAAUCAGAGGUGCA